AUGCUUCCUCAGCGAAUGAAGAAAGUCGUUACUGAUAACCCUAAAAAGCUCGCAAACUUGAUCGAUCUCGUUAACCUUCCUCCCACUCUCAGAGACUUCGUCGGUCAAUCUCAGACUUCUCGAUUAACCUGUUUCAUGCGUGUUUGGUCCUACGUCAAAACCAACAAUCUUCAGGAUCCAAAUAACAAGAACAUGGUAAACUGUGAUGAGAAGUUAAAAGGUAUUUUACUCGGGAAACCUCGGGUUGAGUUAGCAGAACUUCCAGCACUUAUCAAGCUACAUUUUCUGAAAGAGCCCAAGAUUUGGAACUUCUGUAGCGGCUGCAGAACUAUUGCAUCCAAAGCCUCUGCAGUCGAUACAAAUGAAUUAGAUAAUCCCCAUACCCUCUCACAUCUCCGUAUGCAUACCGUCAGCAGUGCAUGGCUACUGUACAAAUCCAGUACAGCAGGAAAUGGAUUCCUUUCUGCAACACUACAAGGUUUCAGUGUUUUUGGUGACCAGGAAGGAGUUGAACAAGGAUUUCGGUUAGCAAUAGGAAAGCCUGAGAGCAUUGGAGCCAGUCCUCCAAGUACACUGUCGUAUUAUGAAAAUCAGGAGUCAAUUGAUAGUAGCUCAAGUAAAGGGAAUAAUUUUGAACCAGUUCAAACAAUGCUCAUUGUUGAUAUGAAAUUUGGUCCGGAUUCAACAUUUGUUUCUGUGUGUAUCCAGAGACCUCAGUUACUUGUUGCACUAGAUUUUCUUCUUGUUGUAGUUGAGUUUUUUGUUCCAACAGUCAGCAGUAUGCUAUCAUUUGAAGAACACAAUUCCUCCAUGCUGAAUGCAAUCAUCAUAGAUCAGUCUAUCUACAAGCAACCUUGUGUUGAAUUUUCCCUCUCACCUCAAAAGCCUUUAAUAGUUGAUGAUGAAAAUUUUGAUCAUUUCAUUUAUGAUGGGGAUGGUGGAAUUUUAUAUUUAAAAGAUGGGCGGGGUUUGAAUCUUACAUCAGCUAGCUCAGAGGCUAUAAUCUAUAUUGGAAAUGGGAAAAAAUUGAAAUUUAGAAAUGUUGUUAUUAAGGGUGGACAGCACUUGGAUUCUUGUGUUUUUCUUGGGGAAAAUAGUAGUUAUUCAGCUUUAAAUGAUGACCAUGUCUAUUUGGAACAAUCAGUUGAAAGUCCUCAGGCAAUAUCUCCGAGAGGUAGCGUGCAUGAAGGACCAUCCCAGAAUAAUGCAGCUAAUAGCUCUGCGGAGGUUAUCGUUGAGCUUCAGGCUGUUGGUCCAGAGCUUACAUUUUAUAACACAUCAAAAGAUGUAGGGGAAUCAUCAAACUUGUCUAAUAAACUUCUACUAGCACAGUUGGAUGCAUUUUGCAGGUGA